UGUCAUGAGAGUCCAUAACUGCGAAAAGACCGAUUUUUAAGUUGGAAUUAAAUAGAACAUGUUUUCUGAAUAUACUUUAGAAAAUAAUGUAAAAUUAUCUGAAGCUUUGUUUUUUAUGUCUAUGGAUGUUAAAUUCAUAAACCGUCUGGCAAAUAGAUAUAGCCAAGAUUGCAUUAGUGGUAUGAAUGUGCACUGAUGUGCACCAAUGCGCACAAUUCCAUAGAUAAAAAAAUUGGCGGGGCCUAAACCUAACCUAACCUCUUUGAAACUAUUUGAAGGCACAUACACUAAGUACUGAUUUUACGUUGCCGACAAAACAUGUGUUUAACCUAUAAUAGUGUUUAGUUUACAUCUCUAAUUAAUAAAGAUGAAAUUUAAAAAAUAUACAGGGAUUACAUGGUCCGUUUUAGAACUUACGGCACUCCUCGAAGACGAGGAUUCUCAUGUUUCUUUCGAGAAAUUUAAAAAGCAUCUUGGUUUACAUCCAUUUCAUUUAACAAAUCUAACUGCCGCGUUAAAUGAGAUUUUAAGUUCAAAUUUGAACUUUUAUGACACAGAGUUAAAGGGUUUUGUAUUGGCUUAUAAAAACCCCAAAUUGUUAACACCAUUGGGAGAUAUAUUUUAUGAUACUUGUUUCAUUCAUAUUGACAUAGAAGCAGAUUUUUAUAUAUUCAAACCAGAAGUAGGUUCUUCAUUGAAAGGAAUUGUAAGUAAGAAGGGAUUAGAUCACAUUGGAGUGCUUGUGCAUAAAGCUUUUAAUGUAUCAAUUCCAAAAUUAGAUGAUGAGGAAGAUUGGGUAGGAGAUAAUCUUGAAAUAGGACAAGAAGUACGAUUUGCAAUAACCCACCUUGAUUUUACUAGUAAAUUACCUUAUAUUCGUGGUGUCUUAAAUCCAAGUGAUUAUUUACAAGGUUGUAGAUUAACAGAAAAAGUUAGUAACUCUCUUGAUAACAGCAAUCAAGAUAGUACUGAUAGAUCAAGAAAAACUUCUAAACAAUCUAAACAACAUACAUUUUAUGGAAUUGAUUCUGCAAAUACCUCUGAAGAAGAUUUAUCACAGAUAAAGAAAAAGAGAGAUAAACAUAAAAAAUUAAACGAAAUUAUUGAAACAGAAAUGACUGAACCCACUGAAAAGGCAAAGAAAGGCAAAAAGCAUUCUAAAAAAGUUAAAGAACUGGAAGAAUCAAAACCUAUGUUGAAUGACACAGAAACUGUGUCAACUGGAUAUACAAACAGUAUUUUUACAAAUAAUAAAUUCAUAGAUAAUGAGGAAUCUGAAGAAUCUAUUAGUCCAAAACAUAAAUAUAAAAAGAAAUCUAAAAGUCAUAGCUCUCAGAGUUCCAUAAAUGAAGACUUUAUUGAAGAGUCUGAAGAGUAUCCAUCAAAGGAAAUAUCCAACAGAUUAUUUGAUACCGAGUCUAAAGAUAAAAUUAAUAAAACUAAGUUGAAACAGAGUAGGACAAGCAAUGGCACAGAAUGGAACAUAGGAGAAAAUAUAUUUGAACAUAAAUCAAAAUCAAAAAAGAAUACUAAAAAAAGAAAAGAGUUAGAUAGUGAUCAUUCAACAGACGAGUUCAGUUCAUAUAAGUAUAUAAAAUAUUCAAAUAAAAAAGAUGCAAAUUCAUCUAUAGAAAGUGAAAGAAUGUUUCCAAACAUUAAAAUGGAAAACUUAAGUGAUACUAAUGAAGUAAACAAUAGAACAAAUACAUCUCCUAAAAAAAAGUGCAAUGAAAAUUCUGAAAAAGUUUCGUUAAAAGGAAAAAGUAGAAAGUGUAAAAUAUUUGAUAGCGAUUCUACGUAUCAGAAUGUGAAGAUAAAGACAGAAAAAGUGACUAGUGACUCUGAGAACGCACAAGAGGACGAUUAUAUAAAAACCUGCAAAGUAUCAAGGAUGGAUUCUAAAUUAAAUAUAUCUACUAUCUCUAGCUGUGAUUUAGUAGAAGUAGAGGAUGAUGAAAGUACCACGAAAAAGAAGCAUAAAAGACAUUCAGAAAUUAAAAUAAAAGUAGAACCUGAGUUUGAAGACAUUGCAACUAGAGUAGAAAAACCAGAUGAUACUUAUCAAGAACAUAGCAUAAAAAAUUUAUCAAAAAUUAAUUCACCUAAGAAGAAACAUAAGGUUAAUUUACCUAAUAAUAACGACAGUGAUGAAAUGGAUACAAAAAGUAAUGUGAAACACUUUAACAAAAUAAAACCAACAGAUGAGGAUAUAAUGAUUUAUAAUAUAAAAGAGGAAAGGGAAAGUUCUGUAGCAAGUAUUGGAUCGAACGAUGACAGUUAUAGAUAUACUCGGAAAAAUAGAAAAAAUUCGCCAAGUAAAAAUAAAUCUAGACAGUUAGAAUUAGAUUUUGAAUUUAGCAAUGUUAGAGUUAAAACCGAGAAAUUUACGGAUGAUUAAGAUUAUAUUUACUCUGACCGUACAACUUUUGUAAGCAAGAGAGUAUUUGAUGUAUUAUUUCAAAUAAUCGCAAUGAAUUUAUAAGUAGAUUAUAGUCGAUCACAUUGUAUAAAUGCACAUGUACAUAUACAUAAACUCUAUUUUGUUAUAUCAAUAAGGAACUUCCAAAUUUUAAACAUUGAUACACUUUUUAUCUCUUUUAUGUAUGUUGGUAAUCAGUUUGAUUUAUGCAUACUGUAGUUUAUACUAUCAAAACAUUAUAUGCAUAUACUUUAAUAAAUAAAAGUGAAGAAAUUAACUUUCGAUGAAAAAUAA